AUGUUGGUGAUGAAACCUGGACCGACGUUUAACGUCCUUCCCGGAAAGCGGUUAUUACUGUUAGUGAUGAGGCGACUCAGCCGAGGGAUCGAACCUGCUUCUAGUCGCACUAGGGAAAGAGGCGACGCAAACAUAUCUGAAAAAAAGGUUUAUGUAUCAGAUUGUGGAGCCCUUGUAAGCACGGGUAAUCUCGGAGUGACCCUCCUUGACACUGUUCUGAAUUCUGUGGCCACUUACACCUGCAGUGGCGGAUUCAUCCUUGUGGGGACCAACACUCGCACGUGCAUAGAAGCUGGCUGGGAUGGGAAUGAACCUACGUGCUUCAUUGACUGCGGUGUAUUAACCGCUCCAGUAAACGGAGCCGUGAUCAACCCGUUAACGUACGAGGGCCAGACAGCUACGUAUUCGUGUGACCCUGAUUACCAACUUGUCGGUAACGCCGCAAGAACGUGUCAAGGCAGCGGGUUAUGGGAUGGAACGGACCCUUUAUGUGUUGAAGAUUGUGGAGCACUAACGAACCCGACGAACGGUGACGUUACUUACACGAACACAAUCCUCAACGAGGUUGCGACGUAUACAUGUUCAGCCAUGUUUAAACUGGUUGGUAAUGCCUUGCGCACGUGUGAAACGGGUUCAGCCUGGUCCGGAACAACGCCAACAUGUGUUGAAGAUUGUGGAGCACUAACAAAGCCAACGAACGGUGACGUUACUUACGCGGCCACAGUCCUCAACGAGGUUGCGACGUAUACAUGUUCAGCCACGUUUAAACUGGUCGGCAAUGCCAUGCGCACGUGUGAAACGGGUUCAGCCUGGUCCGGAACAGCGCCAUCAUGUGUUGAAGGUCAAAUCGGUGAUUUGUGUAACACUGUCACCAACUUGUGUGACAAUCUCAUCAACGCCAAUUGUAGCGGCCUAGGCAUCUGUAGUUGUUUGACUGGAUAUAAUGCCGUCAGUUCUUUUGCUUGUCAAGACACCGACGAGUGUGCUUCGAAUCCUUGUAUAAAUGGAGGCACGUGUAACGACCUUAUCGACGGGUUCACGUGCACGUGCGAAGCUGGCUUCCAGGGAACCACGUGUCAAACAAAUAUAAACGAGUGCGCGUUGACACCUUGCCAGAACUUUGGCACGUGUACAGAUGGGAUCAACGAGUACACGUGCUCGUGUGUUGCGGGCUAUAAUGGACUAAAGUGUGAAAACAACAUCGACGAGUGUGCGUCGGUCACAUGUCAGAAUGGCGGCGCAUGUGUGGACGGCGUCAACUUUUUCACGUGUAAUUGUUUGGCUGGGUACACCGGAAGCACGUGCGAAACAAAUAUCAACGAGUGUGCGGGUGUCACCUGCAACAAUGGCGGCGCGUGUUUAGAUGGUGUCAAUAUGUUUACCUGCCAAUGCCUCACGGGAUUCGAAGGGGCGGACUGUGGAACGAAUAUUGACGACUGUGUCACCAAUCAGUGUCAGAACGGCGCCACAUGUGUUGACGGUGUCGACGAUUACACGUGCGAGUGUGUCGAUGGAUAUUCUGGAACGUUCUGUCAAAUUGACAACGACGAUUGUGUAUCGCACGGGUGUUUGAACGGCGCGGCGUGUGUCGAUGAACCCGGCAGUUACUCGUGCAAAUGUGUUAGCGGAUACAGCGGAGAUUUCUGUGAAACAAACGACAAUGACUGCUCCACAAACCCAUGUCUCAAUAGUGGCGCAUGCGCAGACGGGAUCAACAUGUACACGUGCACGUGCAUUCCGGGAUACACAGGAACUAACUGUGAAACAGAUAUUAAUGACUGCAGCCCUAAUCCAUGUGAAAACGGUAUUUGCAGUGACCUGGUCUCCGAUUUCACGUGCGCCUGUACAGCUGGUUACACUGGCAAAACGUGCAAUGUCGAUAUUGACGAAUGCCUGCCUCCUCCAUGUCAACACGGUGGCACGUGCACAGACGCUGUUGACGGAUACCAGUGCACGUGUGCUGAUGGUUAUGAAGGAGUAGACUGUGAAACUAAUAUUGACGAGUGUGCCACAAAUACGUGUCAGAACAGCGGCACGUGUGUGGACGGUGUUGACGCGUUUACGUGCGAGUGUUUGGAUGGAUAUUCUGGAACGUUCUGUCAAAUUGACGACGACGAUUGUGUAUCGCACGGGUGUGUGAACGGCGCGGCGUGUGUCGAUGAAACAAACGGUUACUCGUGCAGGUGUUCUAGCGGAUUCAGCGGGAAUUUCUGCGAAACAAAUGAUAAUGACUGCUUAACUAACCCGUGCCAGAAUGGUGGCGCAUGCGCAGACGGCAUCAACACAUACAGCUGCACGUGUAUCCCGGGUUACACAGGAACUAACUGUGAAACAGAUAUUAAUGACUGCAGCCCAAAUCCAUGUGAGAACGGUGCUUGCACCGAUCUGGUAUCCGAUUUCUCGUGCGCCUGUACAGCUGGUUACACUGGAAAAACCUGCAAUGUCGAUAUUAACGAAUGCCUGCCUCCUCCAUGUAAAAACGGCGGCACGUGCACAGACCUUGUUGAUGGACACUUUUGCACGUGCAAUGAUGGUUUUGAUGGGGACAACUGUGAAAAUGAUAUUGACGAGUGUGCCACAAAUCCGUGUCAGAACAGCGGCACGUGUGUGGACGGCGUCGACGCGUUUACGUGCGAGUGUGUUGAUGGAUAUUCUGGGACGUUUUGUCAAAUUGACGACGAUGAUUGUGUAUCGCACGGGUGUUUGAACGGCGCCGCGUGCGUCGAUGAACCCGGUGGUUACACGUGCACGUGUUCCAGUGGAUUCAACGGGGAUUUCUGUGAAACAAACGUCAAUGAGUGCUCAACAAACCCGUGCCAGAAUGGUGGCGCAUGCACAGACGGGGUCAACAUGUACACAUGCUCGUGUAUCCCGGGUUACACAGGAACUAACUGUGAAACAAAUAUUAAUGACUGCAGCCCUAAUCCAUGUGAGAACGGUGCUUGCACCGACCUGGUCUUCGAUUUCACGUGCGCCUGUACAGCUGGUUAUAGUGGAAAAACUUGCAAUGUCGAUAUCAACGACUGUCUACCUCCCCCAUGUAAGCACGGUGGCACGUGCUCAGACAUUGUGAACGGAUACUAUUGCACGUGUGCUGAUGGCUAUGAAGGGGACAACUGUGAAUCUAAUAUUAACGAUUGCGCCACCAAUCCGUGUCAGAACAGCGGCACGUGUGUGGACGGUGUCGACGCGUUUACGUGCGAGUGUGUGGAUGGAUAUUCUGGAACGUUCUGCCAAAUCGAUGACGACGAUUGUGUAUCGCACGGGUGUUUGAACAGCGCUGCGUGUGUUGAUAAACCCGGCAGUUACACGUGCACGUGCGCUAGCGGAUACAGUGGGGAUUUCUGUGAAACAAACGACAAUAACUGCUCUCCAAAUCCAUGCCAAAAUGGUGGCGCAUGCGCAAACGGGAUCAACACAUAUACAUGCACGUGUAUCUUGGGUUACACAGGAACUAACUGUGAAACAGAUAUUAAUGACUGCAGCCCUAAUCCAUGUGAGAACGGCGCUUGCACCGACUUGGUCUUCGAUUUCACGUGCGCCUGUACAGCUGGUUACACUGGCAAAACGUGCAAUGACGAUAUUGACGACUGCCUGCCUCCUCCGUGUAAACACGGUGGCACGUGCACAGACAUCGUGAACGGAUACCAGUGCACGUGUGCUGAUGGUUAUGAAGGAGUAAACUGUGAAACUAAUAUUGACGAGUGUGCCACAAAUGCGUGUCAGAACAGCGGCACGUGUGUGGAUGGUGUCAACGCGUUUACGUGCGAGUGUGAAGAUGGAUUUUCUGGAACGUUCUGUCAAAGUGACGACAAUGAAUGCUCUCCAAACCCGUGCCAGAAUGGUGGCGCAUGCGCAGACGGGAUCAACACAUACACAUGCACGUGUAUCUCGGGUUACACAGGAACUAAUUGUGAAACAAAUAUUAAUGACUGCAGCCCUAAUCCAUGUGAGAACGGUGCUUGCACCGACCUGGUCUUCGAUUUUUCGUGCGCCUGUACAGCUGGUUACACUGGAAAAACGUGCAAUGUCGAUAUCAACGACUGCCUCCCUCCUCCAUGCAAACACGGUGGCACAUGCACAGACAUUGUGAACGGAUACUACUGCACGUGUGCUGAUGGUUUUGAAGGAGACACUUGCGAAACUAAUAUCAACGAAUGUCUGCCCAAUGUUUGUAAAAAUGGAGCCACGUGUGUGGAUCAAGUGAAUUCAUACACCUGCCAGUGUAUGGACGGUUAUGACGGGACAUACUGUGAACAAAACAUUGACGAGUGUGCGGCUAACUCAUGUCAGAAUGGCGCAUUGUGUGUGGACCAGGUUAAUGGCUACGUCUGUAUAUGCCUGGAUGGUUAUACAGGGACUUACUGUCAAACAGAUAUCAACGAUUGUUCCCCGAAUCCUUGCCAGAAUGAGGGUUCCUGUACGGACAAAGUGAACGGCUUCGAAUGUUCGUGUACGAACGGACACACGGGGGCAACUUGUAGAACUAGUCUGCUUGGCGACACAUGCUCUGCAAAUUCGGGCAUCUGUGCGAAUAUUGUGUUCGGGGAAUGUAGCGGCACAGAAUGUGUGUGUCAGUCCGGGUACUAUAAGACUGGACCAAUCACGUGCAGCCCCGUAGACUGCGGGCCACUGUCAUCCCCAGAUAACGGCGCUGUUGAUCAGACCGGUGGCACAACGUACACGAAGAUCGCACUUUUCUCGUGCAAUACGGGAUAUGCGCGGAUCGGUGUCGCCUCUCUCACGUGCCAGAGCAAUAUCACGUGGAGCGGCACCACGCCCGUUUGUGAAGAUAUUGACGACUGCCUGCCUUCUCCAUGUAUUAACGGUGGCGUGUGCACAGACAUUGUAGGCGGAUAUACCUGCGCGUGUGCUGAUGGCUUUGAUGGAGACAACUGUGAAAAUGAUAUCAACGAAUGUCUAUCCAAUCUAUGUAAGAAUGGAGCCACGUGUGUCGAUGAAGUAAACUCAUACACCUGCCAGUGUGUGGACGGCUAUGAUGGGACAUUCUGUGAACAAAACAUUGACGAUUGUGUGACUAACUCGUGUCUGAACGAGGCUUCGUGUGUGGACGAGAUAAAUGGCUACGUGUGUAUCUGCCUGGAUGGUUAUACAGGGACUUACUGCCAAACAGAUAUUAACGAGUGUUCUUCGAAUCCUUGCCUGAAUGGGGGUUCCUGUACGGACAGGGUGAACAGCUUCGAGUGUUUGUGUACGGACGGACAUACCGGCGACACAUGUAGAACUAGUCAGCUUGGCGACACAUGCUCGGGAGAUUCGGGCGUCUGUGCGAAUAUUGUAUUAGGGGAAUGUAGCGGUAUCGAAUGUGUCUGUCAGUCUGGACACUACAAGACUGGACCCGCCACGUGCAGCCCCAUAGACUGCGGGACACUGGCAUCCCCGAAUAACGGCGCUGUUGACCAGACCGACGGCACGACGGUUACGAAGAUCGCAGUUUUCUCGUGCAAUACGGGAUACGCGCUGAACGGUGACGCCUCUGUCACGUGCCAGAGCGAUGGUUCGUGGAGCAGCACGGCGACCGUUUGUGAAGAGGUGGACGAGUGUGCCUCGAAUCCUUGCAAAAAUGGCGGCACAUGUAAUGACAUGUUGAACGGUUACACGUGCACGUGCUUGAGUGGGUUCGGAGGCACCCUGUGUGGUCCAGAUUGUGGAGUGCCGGUGUCCAUCGCAAACGGCGACGUCAGCUAUCCCGACGUAACGCUAGUAGGUGCAACGGCGACGUAUUCAUGUACUCAAGGGUAUACGUUAAGUGGCUCUGCGACCAGCGUUUGUCAGACGGACGGGACGUGGUCAGACCACGGUGUUUGCUUUGUGGUGGGUGUUAUCUACGACGAGAUCUGUCGCGUGACGGCACAGUGUGUCACCGCAGACGCCACAUGUCGGAACGACGGCCUCGGCUCCCUCCGGUGCCUGUGCGCAGUUUCCGGUGAAUUCUAUGACCCGGAUAUAGAUGGAUGUCUCUUAGAUUGUGGUACCCUGACCAACCCAACCAACGGAGAGGUUAUGAAUCCGUCGGUAACCUCUGUUGGACAGGUAGCCACGUACUCGUGCUUUGUCGGGUACGGUCUCGUCGGCUCCAAAGUGCGCACGUGCCAGUCGAACGGCGCGUGGAGUGGCGCCGCGCCAAUCUGCGUGUUCGGAUGCGAAACGCCUGUGUUCCCCGCAAACGGACGCGUAAACACUACGGAGGGGCUGGCCGUGGGUCACACUAUAUAUUACACGUGCGUUGACGGGUACGAGUUGGUCGGCCAGGCGGAGAGGAUCUGCGAGGCCUCGUCCACGUGGAGCGGCACGGCACCAUCGUGUCUUAUAAAAUGUCCCCUCAUUGGCAGUAUCGAGAAUGGCAAGGUUGACAUGUCCUGGGGUCGACACGAGGGUUCACUUGCAUCAUUCGCUUGUAACACAAACUACGCUCUCGUCGGUGACCCGAUUAUCUCGUGCGAGUCUACGGGCGUCUGGGGUGGCAUCCAGCCAACCUGCGUGUUUGCGAUGUUUCCGGAUAUUAUACUGGCGUUUGGUGCCGUCUUAAUUCUACUGAUCAUAGUUGAUAUGUUUGUAGUCGGCAUAUGCCUCUACUACCGCUACUGUCGAGCACCGGGAAAAACGCCGACAAACUCGGAAAUAAAGCAAAAGUACUCGGAUGUAUUUGGAAAGGAUGGGGAGAGUGGAGCUCCACCCAUGGAAAGUUCGAUGCCAGCGAACACCCGGAAGCAGAAGUUCUCUAAGGUGGUGCCAGAGACCGGUGAUCAACACCCGCCGCCAGCUAAAUCGGAAGAGUCGAACGUGGUGUACAGGUCCACCAUGAAGAUGAGCAACUCGGUGCUUGGGAACCUUUUCUCAAAAGGCAGCAAAUACCAGCGGCCUGAGGAUGAGAGGAGGGCGGCGACACCGUACAUGGACGGCGAACAGAUGAACGACAAUGGAUACGUCACCGGCGGAAGUCACUCGCUGGAGGUCACGCGUUCGGAUGAUUUUGACAAACUCCUUGACCUACAAUCCACGCCUGGUUCCGGGGAUAAUCCGAGGGAGAAGCGCAUACUCAAUCUCGACGAACCGGAUAUAAAGGAAGUCAAGGAGGGAGAUGAUCGCUACCUGUUCCCUAUGCGCGGGCCGCCGGCAAAUCUCACAGAGUCGCUCUUUAAGGAAACAGAACUGCCGCCUCCUUCGGAUAGACGAGCAAAAAGCACUAUGCCUAUAUUCAAGGACAAAUUUUAACUUUAAAAGGCUUUGCCUGUUGUCGUAACGUUGCGUUAUUUAUUUAUAAUUUUGACGAUUACCUGCUUAUCUACAACAUAUAUUGGUUAUUCAUAGUUUGUUCGUGGUUUGGUGUAACUCAUUAGUCCGUCGCUUAUUUAAGUAUUUGUGUGAAGAAACAAUACCUGCAACAUUUUUUAGCAUUUUUGUUUAGCAAAUAUAUAACUUAAAUUGAAAUGUAUUAUCAUAUACUUUUUUUCCUAUUUCUUUUUGUUAUUAUGUAUAUACUAAAUCUUUAAACCAUAAUACCGUCAAUAAACAUGU